AUGAGCAGCUUUGACGGAGUCUUCCAGAGAGCUCUUGCAUGCAGUUCAGUCACCAAUGAAUUGAAACUUCCCCGGGAAAAAGGAUUCUGGAAAAAAUUCUUUGAUCAGGAUGCAUCCCAACAGAAGUAUUCUAUUCCUAUGCCUCCUCUUUUGGACUCGGUGUCAUCAACUGACAGGGAUCCUAAGCGCCAGAAGUUUGAACAGAAAGCAAUUGCUGAGACGUGGAGGCAUUGCGUCAAAGCAGAUGCUGAGCUCAGCUGGACGGACAAGAGGGAGGCAGAUUUUCAAAGUGCUUUGAAACGUUGGUUACAAACUUUGCUGGAGAUGCCUAAGACCUUCAAGGUUGUGGAAUUGUUGCCUCAGCAGAGUACAGUGGAGCGACAGUUGCGGAUGUUGAGGGAUCUUUUCUGGAAGAAGUCUCCACAAACAUUGAAAAAGAGUGUUCACUCUUUACUGAGAUUCAUGGCCUUUUUGAACGAAUCCUUAGAACCAUUCCCGGGCACAGAACCUUUGCUCUAUGAGUUCUUGCAAAACGAAAAGGAUUCUGGAUCACCUACUUCUCGCUUGCAGAGUGUAAUGCAAGCCUUAUCCUUUCUUGAACAUGUCCUGGAUGUGGAAGAGGUAAGCACUCUGACAAGAUCGAAGCGAUGUAUGGGUGCUUCAAGCAAGCUUUCAAAUGGUCCAACAAGGCAAGCAGAUCCUUUUCUGGUGGAACAUGUGGUAGCAUUCCAUGGAGUUUUGGCAGAUUGGGAUUCGGAUCCUUGGGACAGAUUUUUUGCUGGAUCUCUAUUGGCUAUGAUCUAUUCUCGCAGUCGAUGGAACGAUCUUCAACAAGCAGAAGCUGUUCUGUCACGCAUCAUGGAAACCAAUCAGGACCACGCAGUUUGUGAAAUCAUUCAUGUGGGCAUCCCAAGGGCACCAGAGGACUUCCUACGUGCAGCGGUUUCCAAGGGACACCCGAGAAACUUGAUCGCCAGAGUUCCAGAAGCAGUCCGAGAAGCAAUUGAGAACCUGCUUCAUCAACCCCUUCGCGUGCGUUUGAAGAAGCGGACUCAGUUCUUCAAGAAGUGGCUGAAAAGGUCCCUUGAACUUCGCUCCCAGGAGGAAGAGUUACGAGAACAAAUGCCGCCUCAUUUGAGGCGAGUUUUGAAAGGAAAGAGACUGCUUUUGUGGGAAGAAAUUUUGGUCGACCUGAAGUACAAAGACGCUGGUAUUAUUGAUGACGUCAUCAAGGGAUUCAGUUUGACUGGCUGGGCACCCAAAACCGGAGUUUUUGAACCGUGGGUUAGAAAGCCAGAAUACUCGAUCGAACAUUUGCUGAAGCUAUCCCCUGCCUUGAAUGCAGCAGUCACAGGUUCCUUGACUUCUGCAACUGAAGUGGAGCGCGACCAGUUUGUCUGGGGAAGAAACCCAGAAGGAGGUUGA